ACCCCUCACACGCAGCCCAGCCCACCCGCCUGCGAAAUGGGGCUGAAGGGGGAGGAGGAGGGCGCGGAAGGGGGAGCAGGACCCACUUGGCUUCCCUAAGCGACCAGUGGCUUUGAGGAGCCCUAGCCGGUGGCAGAUCUAUCAGUCUUGGCUGUGCCCUUGCUGCUCUCUUUAGCUUCUUGCUUCAAGAUUGUGGCUGCUCCUGAUCCUUCUCAGACCCUCAUCUCUUGCCUUGCUCCUGCUGCUGCUGCUGUGGUUGCUGAUCCUGCUUCUGGAGGCUUGGGCUUUAGACCCUCUUCCCAGUUCUGCCUGCCCUGUUGCUGCCCUGGCAAAACUCGGGCUUCUCAGUGGGGCGACAUUACAGCCACGGGCCCCCAAACUGAUCGGCAUUUCACUGGUGCCGGCACUCUCGCUGCUGCUGAAGAAAGGAUGGAUCAGCUUAUUCUUUGAUGAACACUGUGUAUCUGCUGGAUGCAUUCCUCCACUAAGAACUGCUGGGCUCUCAGUCAAUGCUUCUGUGCUCAUCUCUUUAAGCUAAGGGGCAACCUCGCACUGUUUGAAGAAAGAUAAAGUUGAAAUUGCUUCACUGAAAAUCUUUAUUGAAGUCUUACUCCUACUCAGGCUUAGCUAUCCCUUGCCUGCAUAUGACUUACAGAAUUUUUCUCUUCUAAAAUGGAUUCCAGUAAAAAGAUGGACCCCCCUGCUCCAUUGCAAACUGUACAACAAAAGACAAAUCCUGAUCGUGGUGCUGGAGUAUCAAUUUAUGUCCCAGAACAAGGGGGAUACAAGGAAAAAUUUGUGAAGCCUGUGGAAGACAAAUAUAAGUGUGAAAAGUGUCACCUCAUUUUAUGUAACCCUAAGCAGACAGAAUGUGGUCACCGAUUCUGUGAAACCUGCAUGCAUGUCUUGUUGAGUGCUCCAAGUCCAAAAUGUACAGCAUGUCAAGAAAACGUCAUUAAAGAUAAGGUAUUUAAGGAUAAUUGCUGUAAGAGAGAAAUUCUGGCUCUUCAAAUAUAUUGUAGAAAUGAAAGCAGAGGAUGCACGGAACAAUUAACCCUGGGACAUUUGCUGGUACAUUUAAAAAGUGAUUGCCAAUUUGAAGAACUGCCAUGUGUUCGUGCUGACUGCAAAGAAAAAAUCCUGCGAAAAGAUUUACCAGGCCACGUAGAAAAGUCAUGUAAAUACCGAGAAGCAACAUGUCAGUACUGUAAAAGUCAAGUUCCCAUGAUAACACUGCAGAAACAUGAAGAUACAGACUGUCCAUGUGUUGUUGUCUCAUGCCCACAUAAAUGUAGCGUUCAGACACUUUUGAGGAGUGAGUUGAAUGCACAUUUGUCAGAAUGUAUUAAUGCCCCAAGUACCUGUAGUUUUAAGCGUUAUGGCUGCACUUUUCAGGGAACAAAUCAGCAAAUUAAGACACAUGAGGCCAGCUCAGCAGUGCAGCAUGUUAAUUUACUGAAAGAAUGGAGUAAUUCUCUAGAGAAAAAGGUUUCUUUGUUACAGAAUGAAAGUGUAGAAAAAAACAAGAGUAUACAAAGUUUACACAAUCAGAUAUGUAGCUUUGAAAUAGAAAUUGAAAGACAAAAAGAAAUGCUCCGGAAUAAUGAAUCCAAAAUACUUCAUUUACAGCGAGUGAUUGAUAGUCAGGCUGAGAAGCUGAAAGAACUGGAUAAAGAGAUACGUCCCUUCCGACAAAACUGGGAGGAGGCCGACAGCAUGAAAAGCAGUGUGGAAUCCCUCCAGAAUAGAGUCACAGAACUGGAAAGUGUGGAUAAAACUGCAGGACAAGCAGCACGAAAUACAGGCUUGCUUGAGACACAGUUAAGCAGACAUGACCAGAUGCUAAGUGUUCAUGAUAUUCGACUGGCUGACAUGGACCUCCGAUUCCAAGUCCUAGAAACUGCCAGCUACAAUGGGGUGUUAAUCUGGAAAAUUCGAGAUUAUAAACGAAGGAAGCAAGAAGCUGUCAUGGGCAAGACCUUGUCUCUGUACAGCCAGCCUUUCUAUACUGGCUACUUCGGCUAUAAGAUGUGUGCUAGGGUUUACCUGAAUGGGGAUGGGAUGGGAAAAGGAACUCACUUGUCUUUGUUCUUUGUCAUAAUGCGUGGAGAAUAUGAUGCUUUGCUUCCUUGGCCCUUUAAGCAAAAAGUGACUCUCAUGCUAAUGGAUCAGGGAUCUUCUCGACGUCAUUUAGGAGAUGCUUUCAAACCUGACCCAAACAGCAGUAGUUUCAAGAAACCUACCGGAGAGAUGAACAUUGCAUCUGGUUGCCCUGUCUUUGUGGCCCAAACUGUUCUAGAAAAUGGGACGUAUAUUAAAGAUGAUACUAUUUUUAUUAAAGUCAUAGUGGAUACAUCGGAUCUGCCAGACCCCUGACAAGUGAAUGGGGAAAUGGAUUUAAGCAACAGGUAACCCCACUGAGGGGUUUUGAACCAGUCUGUCUUCAAUGAGGUCCUAAGCUCAGAAGAGGACCUUGUGGAACAGAAGGAAGAGUUUGAAGGCAUAUUGCAUAGGGUCCAAUGGUGAAGUAGUAACACAUUAAGAAAUCAUACCUUGGUAUAUUUUCUAAUAGAACUAGCAUCCAGCUCUGAAGAAUUAUUUAUCCUUCGUUGGGAUAAAUAUUACUAUCAGAGGGUUUUAAUUUUUAUUUUUGAAGAUCUAGUUAAUUGAGGUAGAAAGACAUAUAUGCUAAGCAAAAAAACAAACAAACAAAACAGAUACGAUUUUUCUUCCUUAAACUAGAACACCAAAAAAUUCACAUGUGGGGAUAGCUGGAUAUGUCAGCAUGUUAAGUAAAAGAAGAAAUGAUGAAAUCAUAAUGCAGUUCUGAUAUAUUCAUUCAAAAAAAAAAAAGCAAAGUGCAAUCUUGUUUCAAAUACAAUAUAUUGUCUAUUUUUAAGGCCUCACCUGGUCUCUGUUUUAAUAAUUUGUUUGUCAGAAGACCCUGAAGUACUCAGUCUCUAAAAUUCAGAAUCAUUUUUUGAUUUAAAGUUUUAUUGAUAAUUAUUAACACAAACAUCUUAUUUUAAAAUGUUGAUAGACUGAUAUUUCUUGGAAGAAAAUGUAAAAUUUCAAACACUGGUUAUCACUUGUGAUAGGAAAGAAAAUACUCAAUCUGUUGUUAUUUCUCGUUAGAAAUGUAAACCUACAAUAUAUGUCGUAGUUAAUGACACUACUUCAAAAUUAUUAAGAAAGAAAAAUUGCUCAUGGAUGCCGUGCAUCAUUCUCAGAUUUAUAAUUGUUUUCACCCUAAAAUAGGGCAUUUGUUGAACUCUGAAGUUCUAAACAAAAAUCCUGUAGGUUUUUAAAGCUCUGCCCCAUGUGUUCAAAUGAUCUCUCUAUCGCUGAUGACACAAAUAUUCAAUCUCCAAGAUGCUUGGUGUUCUGGGGGGUGGGAAAGGUGAUUCAUGCAGAAAGUGGUCACUUUAGAUACGUUUAUUCAUUCUGUCACAAUUGCUGCAUUUUGUUAAAGAUCUCAGAAAGCGAAGCCUUUACAUUGAGAUGGUGGCAUAAUGUACAUGUGCCUUAGAUGUGACAUGCUGCUUCUAUACCAUAGAUUUGUACUCAGUUAAAUUAGAGAAAAAUGAUAGCUUAACCGGACUUUUCUGUUGUCAUCUGUGGACUUUAUCCAUGUGAGGGCCCCUAAAUGAUUUCCUAUACAUGCUGACAAGAAGCCAAACUAUCCUUUUGGCCUCUGGAGUUUCCAUUGCUUGAUUGUUGUGGAUUCCAAAUUUUCAGGCCCCAGCAGUUUUCCCACACUGCUCCUGUGGAGCCUGGACUUAGGGCUUUGAUCCCAUCCCCAAGGCUAAUGUGGAGUAGAAAAUUGUAUCCUCUUCCAUGCCCCUGCAUGGUAGAGGAAAGCACAGAUGCCUAAACGGACUCAUCUGGGCUUUAUCAAAAUGUAAAUUGCAUCUCCCCUUAGGGAUGACUUGUUGAGGCAGACUCAUGAACCUCCCUAUCAUCCAUCUCUUUUCUAGAGAAAUGCUGAAUAGGCUUCUAUUGGCACAGCCUAAGCUUUCCCAGAAGGCUUUUUCUCAAACCCUGUUUACCUUCUUCUCUUAAUGGUCUGACUGUGAUUAGGAGUCUGAUGACCUAUCUCCUGUCUUUUACCUUUUACUAUGCACCAUGUUCUAUGGGUGCUUCUUAACAUCGAUGGGUGCUAAACCUUGACGGGUGCUUCUUAGGCAAAACCAAUGUGUAUGAACUACCGCAUCUGUGCCACGUUCAAGAGAAUUUGCACCCCCACUAUUGGCCAGUUGGGUGGUGCUCCUCAGACUGCCUGCCUCUUGGGCUAUUUCUAUAAUCUGUAGCAUGGGGACAGUUGGAUUCAUGCCUCUGUAGUUCACCUUGUCUCUGGUGCUAUUGUCUGUCAUGGGUGUGCCUUCACAUACAGUGCCUGCAGGAAGGACUUUCCACUUACAAACAGUAAUUCAACACAUACCAUAAGUAUUCAGUGCAUACCAUAAGUGGUCUUCAUUGGUUUUCCAAGCACCUGUUCCAGUACAACCUAUUGUUUGAGUAGCACAAACACUCCAUUUAUUGUUUCUUGACUUCCUCUUCCUUUUAUUCAUCACCAGGAUAUUCCUUUUGGGGGUGGGGUGGGGGACACAAGUUAGUGCCAUCGCCAUCACGUAAGACCUAUUUUGAUUCAUGUGUUUCUAUCACUACUCAUUGAGGAAGGACUUCCUGCAGAAGAUCUGACAGCUGCAGUAUUUUACAGGCUGCCCACCUAAAACCACUGUUACCUCGAAGGUAUCCCCUGGGUGUGCCCUGGGUCUUGUUCAGGUGUGUGUUCUCCUAAGAGGCUUUUGGAUACAGGCAGCCUGGCAGUUCUCAUAAUGGGCCUCAGGUCUCUUUACUGAGGCCAUGGUCACUGAUAGGGACUGCUCCCAAGGACUUUUUUUUUUUCCCAACACAGAAAACCACAUAUGAUUGUCUGAAAUUUUAAAAGAAAUUCAAAAACAUUUGUGGCCUUGCAAAGAAAUCCCCUCCCUAGAUUGAAUCCUGGUUUGUGCUGGGGAUUACCUCGAAGCAUUACAUGGAAGCAUCCAUUCCCUUUAUGGUAGGACUUCUCCAAAUAGACUUCCCAGACUAAAACUAUUGGUUGAAUAAGGUAGAAAUUUUUUCCCUUGGCUUUCCAACAUAUGAAGCCCAUAGUAUUUAAUUUCAGUAAAACUGUGAAAUCUCAUCUAGAGCAAGGAGGUGCUGUUAUGUCUUAUAGUCUUUCAGUAAUUAGGUUAGUAUUUAUUGGAACUAUUUUUUUCAGUAUACCUUUUGGAUGUUCUCUCUCUCAACUACACCAAACUUGUCAGAAAGCUUUUGAGUCUCUUACAUACUCUAUAGUAUUUUCAGUUUUGCCACCAAUAGUUGGCAUAACUAGAAUCUCUUCAAAAAUAUUAUUUUUCUGUUUGUACUAGUGUUUCUAAAUAGCCAGAUGCUGUUCAUUCCUAUGAGGCAAUGUUCUGCACUAGUGUAGUGGGAGAACUAAAUCCCCCAACAUUUUCAAAAGUCCUCAGGCUAGUAGGAGUUGAAUGUUUCUAUGUGUUAGAUGCUCUGUGUGCGUGUGCACCUUCUUUACUAUUACAGAGUGACAAAUUUCCAACAUAACAAAACUGCUCCAGUAAUUAAAAACAAAGUUAAAUAUUUGUGCAUGAAUUAAUCUACUUAAUUUCUCUGAUAAAUUUCGUAAUGGAAAUAAGAACUUUUUUCCUGCCUCAAUAACAGCUUUUGCAGUUUCUCCCUCCCAUCUCUCUCUCUCUCUCUCUCUCUCUCUCU